AACAUUAUUAGUUAAGAAAAGAUAUAUAGAAUAAUACCAAACAAACCCAAACCCACUGACCACUCCAUCCCUGUAAUCAGCAGAGCCACAUCCAUGGCUUCCUCCAUUUCCCUUCCAACUCCCCAAACUCCGCUUCUCAAAUCCACCUUCCUCGGCCAAAACCGCCGCCGCUUCCUUCUCCACCGCCCAUUCCCCCUUCCCCAUCGAGCAUCACCAACCCAUCACGCUUUCCGGCCCUCCGCCGCCUUCGAUUUGGCCCAGCUUCUCGGCGGAAGAGGCCUCUGCAAUGGCGAGCGAGGUCUCAAAGAGGAACUCAAAAGAAACGUCGAGGAUAAUCCCGUCGCAGAUGGAGGUGAAAUUCCAGAAACCUCCGAGAAAUUAGCCGUCGAUAGGGUUCCGGAAGAUGGAUUCGAGAAGGAAUUGAUGGGCUUAACCGGAGGAUUUCCUGGCGGUGAGAAGGGAUUAAGAAAAUUCAUAUCGGAAAAUCCUCCUCCUCCGCCUCGACCGAAACCUUCCGCUUCAAAUUCCAGCGAAAUCGGUGCGAUUCUGAGUUCGCAGAAACCGAAGCCACCAGAUCUCCCGCUGUUGCUGCCGGGAAUGAUCGCGAUUGUGAAGAAUCCAAACAAUCCGUACUACAUGUAUUGUGGAAUCGUUCAGAGAAUCACGGAUGGAAAGGCUGGGGUUCUUUUCGAAGGAGGAAAUUGGGAUCGAUUGAUAACGUUUAGAUUGGAGGAGCUGGAACGAAGAGAAAAAGGACCUCCGAUGAAGAACCCUAGAUCGGCUGUUCUUGAACCUCUUCUUCAAAAUGAUUCUCAAUGAUUCCAAUCGGUGAUGUUUGUCCCACAGAUAAAUUGAAGAAUGGGGAUGAGCUUCAAGCCUAUAAAAGGAGUCCAUGCCCUUGGUUUCAAGUUAUCCCAGUUAGAAAUGCUUUAAGCUUGAGUGUGUUAACUCUAGAUAAAUUUCUUUUAUAUAUUCUCUAGUUUGAGAGUGGGAAAAGGAUGCAAGUAGUAUAAAAGCUUUAAGAAAGUGCUAUUGUACUUGGGAUUGAGAGAGAGAAUUGCUCUGUGUGAUUGUAAUAAUUUUUCACCUAGUGAUUUUCUUUCUAAUGGUGAAAAUUCUUGUGUUUUUCUGCUUUUCUCAACAAGUGGUGUCAGAGCGUCAGAUUCAUA